AUCAAAAUAAUUUCACAAAUUGUCAGUGGUAAACUAUACGCGAGUGCAGGACACGUGUGGAGUCGUUAGUUCUCCAUUUUCCAGUUUUUUACGUAGCACGUGAAAGCAUCAAGUCCAACCGGAAGUGUAUCACCGGCUCUUCCUGUUCUUCCUGUAGUAGCGGCGUUUUUGCUUCAUGUGUGCUCGACUGUUGUGCUGCACCGACAGUCCACAGCUAUGGCUGCUAACAGCGGCAGUUUUAUCCGUGUUCGACUCUUCUUCGACUACCCGCCGCCCUCUGUCGUCGACUGUCGCAUGUGUUGGCUACUUGUAGACCUAAACACGUGUCGGGUGGUCUCGGACCUGGAGAGUUUGAUCAGAGACAAGUUUGGGUUCAGUUCCAGGAGCAUCUUCAACCUCUUCAUAGACGACUGCUACCUGCCGCACACCGAGAGCAUCUUUUUGGUCCGGGACAACGACAGCGUCUGGGUGAAGGUGGACUCAGCAGCUCAGGUAAACGGCCACAGCAGCCACCCAGACACGUCCAGUAAAAACUGCAGAAAGCUUAACAGACCCACAGAAGAAGAAGAAGAAGAGGAGGACGAGGCAGAAGUAGAUGAACGGAGUGUGGAGUGGAAAAAGAAAAAGAAAAAAAAGAAGAGGAAUGAAUGUCUGAACGGCGAGACGGACCAAGUCUCCAGGUCUAAGAAAUGUAAGACAAAGUCAAAAGACAAACAUGCAAAGAAAGAAAAGAAGAAGAAGCAGAAGGCUGAAAAAAACGACUCUACUGUCACAUCAAAAUCAACUGCUGCAACCAUCAAGAAACCAACAGGAGCAGAAGGAAAAACACAAAGUAAAAAAUCCACAGUUUCCUCAAAGUCCAGUAGUGACAGCAGUGAAGAAGAUGAAGCUCCCGCUAAGAAAGUUGUCUCAAAGUCAACGCCCAAAACACCACUGUCUACUAUCAAAACAACUACAGGAAACGACACCAAACAAAAGACGACGCCAGGCAAAAAGUCUGUGGUGCCUUCAGUGUCCAGUAGCAGCAGCAGUGAAGAAGAUGAAGCUCCCAGGACGAAAACUGCCUCGAAACCAGACUCUAAAAGACAGUCGUCCACACCUGCUACUGUGAACGCACCCACAGGAGACAAAUCCACUCAAAAGAAGACACAGAGUAAAAAGUCCAGUGACUCCAGCAGCGGUGAGGACGGUGAAGCGCCCAAAAAGUCUCUCACAUCAAAGCUGGUAUCAAAACCCUCAUUGCCCGGACCUGCUGCCUCCAAAACUUCCACCGGGGGCAAACCCGCUCAGAGUAAAGCACAGCCCGCCUCCUCGUCCUCGUCCGAAACCUCCUCUGAUGAGGCCACAAGUGUCAGAGCGCCACCAAGAGGUAAACCUUUCACCUCUUUGUCUCCACCACGCAAAUCACAGGACGACUUAAAGACACGGUCCACGAGCUGCACACAAGAACGACCCUCGAAUGAGGCCACGCCUCCUCUUGGCGACGGCGUUGCAGCGACCCGUAACUCAGACAGUGAAGAGGAGAUUGAACUAAUAAUUCGAAAACCAAGUCAGCAGCUGUUGAAAGGUGUGGGGGGGCAGUCCUCGUGGAGAGGGGGCAACAACAGGAGGGCAGCCGGUGGUGGACGCGGUAGUCGUGGAGACAGAGGUCGCGGCGGCGGAAGAGGGGACGUAAGGGGACGCGGUGGACGUUUUGGAUCGAGCUGCAAUGGAGCCGUGGAGCCAAGCUACCAGACGGACUUACUGACCAACGAGUCGGUGGUCAUCCAGAAUGGGGCAGAAGUUGAAGCAGCCCCCAAAAAGGACUACAGCAUUAUGCCACUGCUCGCUGCACCCCCGCAGGUGGGACAAAGGAUUGCCUUCAAGCUGCUGGAGCUGACGGAGAACUACACGCCAGAGGUUUCAGAAUACAAAGAGGGAAAGAUCGUCAGAUUCGACCCAGUGACCAAACAGAUGGAGCUGGAGAUAUUUAAUGAAACUCAUGCUCCUGUAGAGCCUGGGAAAUUUGACCUGGUCUAUCAGAACGCUGAUGGUUCAGAGAGGGUAGAAUACGCCGUGUCCAGAGGAGCCUGGGUGAGAAUUAGCAACGUAGCUUCGACGUUAGCUACAACAAAUACGUUUUUAUAUCAAGGUAUGUUGAAAACUUAAGGAUGUUUUUUUUUUUU